UGUGUUUGUGCCUAAUGGAGCCCUUUCUGCCUGGUUGAAGCCUCUUAUCAUACAUCCAUGGUUGAAACACACACACACACACACACACUCUGCCGGUGUUAUCUUAUCAGCUGUGAUGGCAGAGUCUCGGAGGGUCCAGCUCACCACGCUGUCCUGUGAAGCCCCUCUCCCCACCCAGCCGGCCCCGGUGGAGGUGAAGCCCCCCCCGGGUGUUGUUCAGGAGGAGAAGACGUGUUUGGACCCGCCUUCAGAACCCAGUUCGGUCCGCCUAGUGCUCAAACUGUUCGACCCUGAUGAGAGAAGCUUUCCGGAGUUCAGCUACACUCGGCUCCUAGACAACAAGAUAAACAACACAAAAGUCCCACUGAGAAGAUUUGAGGAGGAAGAGAAGAGAGAGAUCGACGAGGUCGCGGCUCUUUCAGGGGAGUUGGAGAAAAAAUAUGCAGACAAACCAAAGAAUAAGGACCGUAUCCAGGACCUGAUUGAUAUCGGAUACGGUUAUGAUGACGAGGAUUCCUUCAUUGACAACACGGAGCCUUACGAUGAGUUUGUGCCGGCCUCCCUCACCACUAAGUUCGGUGGAUUCUACAUAAACUCUGGUGUGCUGCACUUCCGCCAUACUGAGACUGAGGACCUCAAAGCAAGAGAGAAAACUCCUGAGUCCUCAAAAAAGCGUAAAGUCAAUGACGGACAGGAUAAGCCAAAGAAGAAGAAGCGCUGCAGAGAAGAGGCGGAGGAGACGAUCAGCUUUUUGGAUCCUAAGUCAAGCCCUUUGACUGAACUGGCAUCGGACGACAAGAUCAAGAAGAAAAAGAAGAAAAAGGUUUGCUUCACGUUGAGCGUCACUAGCUUGUUGAAGAAGUUUCAAAGAGAGAAGGAGAAGGAACGACAGAAAAUGGAUAAAGUAAAACCAAGGAGGUCUGCGAUCACAAUGUUCCCGGCAGAUGCAGGCGGGGGGGGAGGUUUGGGACUGACAGACCCCCUCCUCAGUUUAAUCGGGUCAACCAAUGAGCACACUCUCAUCCAGGCAGUCAACGCAAUGGAUUUUGACAUUGAUCUAGACUCUUUAUUAGAUGUUAGUGAAGCUGCUUCGUCCACGAAAAUGGCGCCUCCACCUUCAACAGAAACGCAGCUUUUCAGUCCUAAAGCAGAUAAUCUGACCCAGUCUGAGGCUCGCCCUCAGGUCCUUCCUCCAAUGACGGGGACCAACGUGCAGCUGAAGCCUCAGUUAGAGCAGAUCCAGCUCCCGACACACACCAGUUCUACAUUACCUCAGUGUGUCCCGCUGCCGGAGGGACUUCCCCACCGACUGGAGGACAGCAUUAGGAAACUCACGGUGGUUGCCAAGACCUCCGAGGGAGAGUCUAAACUAAAGUUCUUCACUCCAGAAAUCAACUCCAUGCUGCUAGAUAUUGAGUUGCAGUGUCGGGAACAGGGGGUCCAGCUGCGCUCCAAGGUCUACACACACCUGUCGUCCUUCCUGCCCUGCAGCAGAGACACACUCCUCAAACGUGUGAAGAAACUGUUCCUCGCACACACGGAGGAAUGCUCUGAUGUGGAAAACCGCAUGCAGAAACUGAAGGAGGCCGUCUGCAGAGCCAUGCCCGAGCAGAUUGCAAGUUUCAAUGAAAACUGUCAAGUAUAUGAACAAGCCAGGACUUCAAAGGCAGCGGAGGAGAAAGAAAGCAAACAGAAGGAGAAUGUGGGUCCAGAGGACAACAUGGAGGAGAAAGGCGGGAAGAGAGGAGCUCCAAAGAAGCUGUUCAAAUGGAACGAAGAGAUCAGGGAGUGCCUGUGUCACGUGUUAACCGUGAACAUGGAGAGGUAUAAAAGACAGAAAAGGAGUCAGGAGCUGGAGGAAUAUCUGAAGACCUUUUUAGACAAUGAGGUCAAACUGCUGUGGCCAAAGGGGUGGAUGCAAUCCAGGGUGCUGAUCAAGGAGAGCAGGGAGAUGUUGAGCCUCUUUGCACCAUUACCAGUGAAAAGGGUCCGGCCUGAGAAGAAGCAGCCGCCUCUCGCUACUUCGGAUAACUUCAGCGUCCUCCAGGAGUCUCCCCUGCCUCACGACUCAGACGAUGUCAUUAUCGUGAGUUCAAAUCUCUCCACUCCAGUUUCCCUUAGUUCUGAGAAUAAGGUGGAGGGUCAAACAGGAAGGGUUUCAGUGGAUUCUGCCUCCUCUACACCUGCUGACAAAACCCCGAUAAACAUCAGAUCUGCUCAGACUCAGUCCCUCCUGGAGCUCCUCGCAGAGCAGGCGCUGGCUCGUGUGCAGCCGAUCCCCCCGGACCUCCUGGCAACAGCCGUGGCUAAAUACAAGUGUUCAGUCCAGCACUGGAGCCUGGGGUUGGACACCAGAAGUCCUCCGUUCCCUCCUCCGCCCCCCCAGUCCAGCCUGGUGGGUUUCCCGUUGUGUCGAGUCGUUGUGCCGAAGCAGGUCAGAGACGUUGCCCAGCUCUCUCGUGCUGGACACGUGCAGAUCAUCUCCGACGACGACGACGUUAUUGUACAAUGACAACUCCCGGUGCAGAUUUACACACGGUGGGAGCCGUUUCUUGACUGGACACAUGUUGAGAUUAUCACAAACACAGGAGUUACGACACCAAAAUCAGCUGUGCAAAUUAGAUGCUCAUCAAAAGUCAAUUAGCUAAUGAAUAUGAUUUUUUUUUUGUCUACAGCUACAAGUUGAGAUUUUUUUUUGCAUUUCAUCUGAGUUGGGAAGUAACCAAAGAAAUGCUAGUUUUGUUUUACCUAUGAAAGGAGAAAUGGCACUUCUACCAAUAAGAAAGGAACAGACUGUUUCUGAUAACACCUUGUGAUGAAUUGUGCAAUGACCCUUUAAUCAACUUGUAUUUGAGAGGCUUUGUUUAUAAUGUAUGAUUUGAUUUGAAUGAAUAAAUAAUAAAAAA